GGCGAAGCACCCCUGGGUUCCCUAGUACCAAAACAAAAGAAAGAAAGAAGGAGGGUGGGCUGGCUCCAGCAUCCACAUUCUGACACACCAUCAUAGGAGUUCUUUGUCCUUGUUUUCCUCCUUACCAUCUACAGUAAGGGCUUGCACAGAGGCAUCACGCAGCAGAUCAACAAAUGACAAAUGAUGGCCUUCUUGUCUCCUGAAACCUCCAACUUUGCAUGUGAGGACACAGACUCAGAGAGGUCAAACUCCAGAGGCCCCAUGGAAUACCCUGGCCUGGGGGCCCUGGGGACCUCAGAACCCAUGCCUCAGUUUGUGGAUCCUGCCUUGGUGCCCUCUACACAAGAGUCAGGGGUCUUCUUCCCCUCUGGGCCUGAGGGCUUAGAUGCAGCAGCUUCCUCCACUGCUGCAAGCACAGCCACUGCUGCAGCUACUACACUGGCCUACUACAGGGACACUGAGGCCUACAGACACUCCCCAGUCUUUCAGGUGUACCCACUGCUCAACUGUAUGGAAGGGAUCCCAGGGGCUUCACCCUAUGCUGGCUGGGCCUAUGGCAAGCCGGGGCUCUACCCUACCUCAACUGUGUGCCCCAGUCGUGAGGACUCCCCUCCUCAAGCACCGGAAGAUCCAGAUGGGAAGAGCAACACCAGCUUCCUGGAGACCUUGAAAACAGAGAGGCUGAGUCCUGACCUCUUGACCCUGGGGCCUGCAUUGCCUUCAUCUAUCCCUGUCUCCAGUAGUGCUUAUGGGGGUCCUGACUUUUCUGGUCCCUUCUUUUCUCCCACUGGGAGCCCCCUCAAUUCAGCAGCUUAUUCUUCCCCCAAGCUUCGUGGAAGCCUUCCUCUACCUCCUUGUGAGGCCAGAGAGUGUGUGAACUGUGGAGCAACAGCCACUCCACUGUGGCGUAGGGACAGGACCGGUCACUACCUAUGCAACGCUUGUGGCCUCUAUCACAAGAUGAAUGGGCAAAACAGGCCCCUCAUUCGGCCCAAGAAGCGCCUGAUUGUCAGUAAACGGGCAGGUACUCAGUGCACCAACUGCCAGACAACAACCACGACACUGUGGCGGAGAAAUGCCAGUGGAGACCCUGUGUGCAAUGCCUGUGGCCUUUACUACAAGCUACACCAGGUGAACCGACCACUAACCAUGAGAAAGGAUGGUAUUCAGACUCGGAACCGCAAGGCAUCUGGAAAAGGGAAAAAGAAGCGGGGGUCAAGUCUAGGAGGAGCAGGAGCAGCUGAAGGACCAGCUGGUGGCUUCAUGGUGGUGGCUGGUAGCAGUGGUAGUGGGAAUUGUGGAGACGUAGCCUCAGGCUUGACACUGGGUCCUCCAGGCACUGCUCAUCUCUACCAAGGCCUGGGCCCUGUGGUACUGUCGGGGCCUGUUAGCCACCUCAUGCCUUUCCCUGGACCCCUGCUGGGCUCAUCCACAGGAUCCUUCCCCACAGGCCCCAUGCCUCCCACCACCAGCACCACUGUGGUGGCUCCACUCAGCUCUUGAGGGCACAGAACAUGGCCUCAUGGGGGAGGGGUGGUGGCUCUCUCCUGUUGCAGCCAGCACUCUAUACAACCCAACCCUCUGGGCCCCAGUCAUCACCUGCCUGGAUUUUCAAAUAUUUUGUAAAAUAAAACCACCAAA